GCGCUACUCUGUGGCAUCUCGGGUUCCCUCUAGCCGCACUCUGGAGGCCUACACUCGUUUUCUUUUGGCCGUGAGAGGCCUCGCAGCCUUCGCUGAGCUGGGAGAAAGAUGGCGGCAGCCGUGCGACAGGAUUUGGCCCAGCUCAUGAAUUCGAGCGGCUCUCAUAAAGAUCUGGCGGGCAAGUAUCGUCAGAUACUGGAAAAAGCCAUUCAGUUAUCUGGGGCAGAACAGCUAGAAGCUUUGAAAGCUUUUGUGGAAGCAAUGGUAAAUGAGAAUGUCAGCCUCGUGAUCUCUCGCCAGUUGCUGACUGAUUUCUGCACACAUCUCCCUAACCUACCUGAUAGCACAGCCAAAGAAAUCUAUCAUUUCACCUUGGAAAAGAUCCAGCCUAGAGUCAUUUCAUUUGAGGAGCAGGUUGCUUCCAUAAGACAGCAUCUUGCAUCCAUAUAUGAAAAAGAAGAAGAUUGGAGAAAUGCAGCCCAAGUGUUGGUGGGAAUUCCUUUGGAAACAGGACAAAAACAGUACAAUGUAGAUUAUAAACUGGAGACAUACCUGAAGAUUGCUAGGCUAUAUCUGGAGGAUGAUGAUCCAGUCCAGGCAGAGGCUUACAUAAAUCGGGCAUCAUUGCUUCAGAAUGAAUCAACCAAUGAGCAGUUACAGAUACAUUAUAAGGUCUGCUAUGCACGUGUUCUUGAUUAUAGAAGAAAAUUCAUUGAAGCUGCACAAAGGUACAACGAGCUCUCUUACAAGACAAUAGUGCACGAAAGUGAAAGACUAGAGGCCUUAAAACAUGCUCUGCACUGUACCAUCUUAGCAUCAGCAGGACAGCAGCGUUCUCGGAUGCUUGCUACUCUUUUUAAGGAUGAAAGGUGCCAGCAACUUGCUGCUUAUGGAAUCCUCGAGAAAAUGUACCUAGAUAGGAUCAUCAGAGGAAAUCAACUUCAAGAAUUUGCUGCCAUGCUGAUGCCUCACCAGAAAGCAACUACAGCUGAUGGUUCUAGCAUCUUGGACAGAGCUGUUAUUGAACACAAUUUAUUGUCUGCAAGCAAAUUAUAUAAUAAUAUUACCUUUGAGGAACUUGGAGCCCUUUUAGAGAUUCCUGCAGCUAAGGCAGAAAAGAUAGCAUCGCAAAUGAUAACAGAAGGACGUAUGAAUGGAUUUAUUGAUCAGAUUGAUGGAAUAGUUCAUUUUGAAACACGAGAAGCCCUGCCAACAUGGGACAAACAGAUCCAAUCGCUUUGUUUCCAAGUGAAUAACCUUUUGGAGAAAAUCAGUCAGACAGCACCAGAAUGGACAGCACAAGCCAUGGAAGCCCAGAUGGCUCAGUGAAUCCUUGCAGACCUUGUGUGCACAUUACAUCUUUUUCCAUGUUGUACAGAUUAAUUUCACUAUCUCUCAAAAGCAUUUGCAUCAUGACCUUACAUAUUUCAAUCCCUUUUAUGCUGGAUUCAAUUUAAAGAAGACAUUAUUAGAGCAGGAAGUACAAGCAUUUAAAAAUAUGUAGUUCCCAUUUAUUCAGGGUCUCUGUAUCAGGCUAACUCAGAUGUUUUGAAAGCUUUUUCUUUAAACAGAGUAAGUGAAGUAUCUGUGGCUAAAAAGUUUGGGAUUUGUGAUAACUUUGUAGUUAUGUAAAACUUAAGUGCUUUGUGCCUCUCCACAUGUGGUUAUCUAAUAAAUGGAGAAGUGAGCCAAAUAAAAGUAGUACUUUGUUUUUAAUUAGUGAA